GGAGGCAGUUCUAGGCUUUGCGGGGUCGUCCGGGCUAUCGGAUCCGGGAUCUGCUGCUCGUAUUUAUAACCAGACAGACGGCGGCUUGUUCGGGGCAGCGGAGCGGAGCUCGGGCGGUUUCUGUGAGGAGGACGCGUUGGAGUCUCGUUAACUUUACUUUUUUUCCACGCCGGUCUUCAACAAGAAGAGGGAAGUUGGGAGUAAGAGGAAAAAGUUUUUAUCCUGGACUCUCGUCAACCUGCGGAGACUACGCGAGUUGUGAGCUAACGUUAAUGAUUCCCUCAGAGUUACAACAAUAUCCUUCUGUUAGACGACUUUAACCGCGGAAUAUAACUAACGUCACCUGUUGCUUCGCUUUAUUGAAGCGGAAACUUCACAAUGGAUAAAUACGAAGAUUUCGGACUCGAGGCGAGUAAGUUUAUUGAGGACCUCAACAUGUAUGAAGCGUCCCGCGACGGCUUGUUUCGAACGAGGAGGGAUGCGGGAAAUAACCCCGACUUUGAAGAAACCAGGAGAGUUUUCGCUACUAAAAUGAAUAAAAUACACAUUCAGAAACAGCAAGAGGAGAUGGCCAAAAACAACCAGGCCAUGAAAAUGAACGGGGCCCACAGCAGCGCGCACUACACCAAAGACAGACCCCCCAUCAACAGCUACAGGCAGCCGUGCGAAGCGGCGGCCAAGCCCCCGAUGCUCUCCGGCCCGCUGCCCAACCAGCACGCCCUGUCCGACGGCCAGAGACACCACGCGGCCGGCCAGCCCGAACCUCCGGCGGCCAGGGCUUGUGGCUACGGCAACAACUACGACUGCUCGUCGCCGGUGUCUGGCCGCUACCCGGUCAGCCCCUCGGCAGCCUGGGCCCCCUCCAGAGAGAGCCAGCCUCCCCUGUCGCUGGGGUCCAGGCAGCAGCCCCAGCAGAUUGAGCCCGCCCCCCAGGCUUUGAACCCGAGUCCGGCCUCGUCUUGUGCCGGUGCGCUCCGCGGAUGGGCAGGAGAGCCCUGUGGCUCGGGUGGAGCCGACCUUCUCCCCGCCCUGCCUCUGAGUGCCUUCCCGGCGGGAACGCAGCAGGCCUCCACUCACGCUGGGGCCCAUUACGCGCCACCUUCUCCAAUCUCGAGACCCUCCGGCAGCCACAGUGGUCCUCUGACAGCGUCCUCGCUCCUACCGGGACCUUCUGAAACAACUCUACCCAAAUCCCGGGUGGCAUCUGCGGCCUUGGUUUCUGCCAAUGUGUCCAAAAGCGUCAGCCAGGGUCAAGGUCAGAGCCAAAUGGCGGUCUGUGGACACGCUGUCGGCGCCGAAGCUAAAAUCAAGUGCCCUUCGAAGCCCGUCCAGCUAUCCUGCCAGUCUCUCCAUGCACAGCCGCCCCAACAGGCGCCUUCAGCAGCUGAAAUGAAGUUAGAAGCCCUCACCGAUCAACUAGAAAAGGAGAUGGACGCCCAACCAAAGGCUGACUUCUUCGGUGCCUGUGUUAAAUGCAACAAGGCGGUGCAUGGGGCCAGCCAGGCCUGCCAAGCUAUGGGAAGCCUCUACCACGACAGCUGCUUCACCUGCAGCGCCUGCAGUCGAAGGCUGAGAGGGAAGGCGUUCUACUAUGUCGGAGGGAGGGUUUUCUGUGAAGAGGACUUCCUGUUCUCUGGUUUCCAGCAGUCGGCAGACAAGUGCAACGCAUGUGGACAUCUGAUCAUGGACAUGAUCCUGCAGGCCCUCGGGAAGUCCUACCACCCGGGCUGUUUCCGCUGUGUCAUCUGUAACGAGAGCCUUGACGGAGUGCCCUUCACCGUGGACACCGAGAACAAGAUCUACUGUCUCAAAGACUACCACAGGGUCCUGGCACCUAAAUGUGCAGCCUGUAACCAGCCCAUCCUGCCCUCAGAGGGGUCCGAUGAAACCAUCCGAGUUGUCUCCAUGGACAAAGACUAUCAUGUGGAAUGCUAUCACUGUGAGGCCUGCGCCAUGGAGCUGAACGACGAGGAGGGUCACCGCUGCUACCCGCUGAACGGACACCUCCUCUGCCACUCCUGCCACCUGAAGCACACGGAGCCGGGCUGCCCCUCUCUGGUGGCCGCCGCGGCCUCCUACUGACGCUGAAGCGGGCGGACGGCGCCCCCUGGUGGCUUCGUGGAGGAACUGCCCAAGCGUGACCGCGCAGUGUGUGCAAUUCUUGUUGUAAAGGAUUGAUUAAUGCAACGCAUCCGAUCGUUCAACGGUUUGAUGCGUGUUUUCGCAGGGAUGCUGAUGAAGUUUCCAUUAUGCCUCAGGAGGUUUUCUCACAAUAAUGAAGGAUGUAACAGCAGAUUGCAAACCAGCUUUGCAAUUGGAAAAUAAGGAUACAAUCAUGGUAAAGUUUAGACAUGCAGUAAUAACAGCUGGUGUGUAUUCGUUGAAGAUAUAUAUACAAAACAGUAACAAAUUGGCAUUGAGCUUCCUAAUAAAAAGUAACUAAUAUAACAACAAUUUUCCUAUUUUAAACAGAAUGAGGGGGACACUUGUUGGUUGACCUGCACACAUGAGCAGUCAUUGUGACUCGUUUUCCAUCUGCAAAGUCCUGUAUGAUCACAUCAAAUGAUAACGCUUCAGCGAGACCAUUCCAUAGAAAUAAACAACGCCCCACUGCAUUCCCACAGCUCCAGGCCUCUGUAGCGUCCAUCAUUUCACAAUGUCAAAUAAAACCAUGAGUUACUUUUUCUUCUCUUUUGUUUAGUCUAGCCAGGUGAAAUGAUGACACAGCAAACCUCAGGCGGUAUUUGUCAGAUGCAGUCUGUCCUAAGCACUUAUGAUAGUGAGUUUUUUAUUUAACCAUGAAGAAGUCUGUAUUAGUGUUGUAGAUCAAUAUAUUGUUGCGUUUGCAAAGUUAUAUUUAAAAAGACAUGUAUUGUUUUCCUGUAUUAAUUCACCUACCUUUCAUUUUGAAUUCCUCCCUGAAAUACUCAUUUGGAGUGGGAAGUACAGGUUUUGAUAGACUUCAUUUGCCAUCUAGAUUUUAUUCAUGUCUUCAGGUUUACUAAAUAAAAGCUUGCCAGUCAUUUGAGUUU